UCUCAGCGGCUGAGGCGUUUUUUUUUUAUUCUGCCACUGUACAGUUUUCCACUGAAGACCUGUGGACCCUCUGGAUUGGACCGAGUCUCUGGUUUUUCUGCUCCGGUGACAUCACUUCACUGUAUUUCAACAUAUCAAACAUCCCCACUCUGUGUUUCCUGUCGGACCCCGGUGUUAUACCCACACUGAUUUUGUUUUUUGGGGGGUGACUUUUCUCCUCUCGGUUGGAUUUACAAAGGGCGUGUUUGGUCGAUCUGUACCGGGAGUUUCAUCUCCUGUACUCGAGCGUCUCUCUGAGGAAUGACAGCAACUGGAAAAGGACUGAGAUCCGCCUGAAUGGACACAAUGGAUUAUACAGAGCUUGGAAAUAGACUGGAGGAGAAGCUGACACUAACAGACAAAUCCCUGCCCCUGCAGACAGAUGCUCAGUCCAUCCAGAGUGGCGACAAGUCUUUGGACAAAGAGCUCCUGACUCCAGACGACUCAGCCGUCACAGACCUUUCUCCCAAAUCAGACUCUAAAAGUGACACCUUCACCAAGACGGAUGUCUCGACCAAGUCAGACGUCAGGCCCUCCACGCCAGGCAGCUGCAGCAGCAGCCCCCAGCCCAAGAAAGAUUCCAUGAGCUCAGAGCAGCGACAGAAACUCGCCAAGGAGCGGAGGGAGGAGAGGGCCAGAUAUAUCGAACAGCAAACUCAGGUGCAAGCGGUGAAGAAAGCCCAGUGGCUGGAGAAGGAGGAGAAGGCCCGCCGUCUGAGGGACAGCCAGCUGGAGGAGCGCAGGAGGAAGCUGGAGGAGCAGCGACUGAAGGCCGAGAGACGCCGAUCACUGCUGGAGGAGAAACAGAGACAGAAACUAGAGAAGAACAAGGAAAGAUACGAGGCAGCUAUCAAAAGGUCCACGAAGAAGACUUGGGCCGAGAUCCGCCAGCAGAGAUGGUCGUGGGCGGGCGGACUCAACCAGACCUCCCGCAGAGAAAGCAGAUGCUCGGCCUCCACAGUCAACUUGCCGAGACAGGUGGACCCUGUCAUUAACAACAGGCUGUCCAAGUCCUCUGCCACGCUCUGGAACUCCCCCAACAGAACCCGCAGUCUGCGUCUCAGCCCGUGGGAGAGUCGGAUCGUGGAGAGGCUCAUGACCCCGACACUGUCCUUCCUGGCCCGCAGUCGCAGCGCCGCCACCCUCCUCAACAGCAGCGACUCUCCCUCUACCAGUCCCCUGAAAGCCUACUCCCAUCACCACCCGCACAAGAGCACCGCCGAGCGCUGGAGGGUGUCCUCGGCUAGCACGCCGGACAUCACCCAGCGACAGCACCGAAGAAACUCCACACCGGUGGAUAAGAAGAAGAAAGAGAAGAAAGACAAGGAGAGGGAGAAUGAAAAAGAGAAGAACGCUCUCACAAAAGUGCAAAAGAAGAGACAGACGACAUCACCUGUCCCCACGUCCACAAGAUCCAGGCCAGAGACAAGCACCCCGAAGCUGAAAAACAGACCCCCGUCACCUGCCGCCCCCAAAAGUCGGCCCUUGUCACCCCUAGUGCCAGCUGCCGCCUCCAAGACUCCCAUGGGCAAGAAGACACCUACUUCUGGCACUAAGACCAGGCCGAAACGGGCCCAGACGCCCGCCAGGGUCCAGUCCCAGACUGUCACAGCGGUCCCUGUGGAAACAGGCCAUGAGCCCCAGAAGCUCAACACCCCCGAGGAAAAAAAGAACUCUGGUAACGUUCCAGCCAUCACAGUUUCCUCUGCAGCCGUUACACCUCCUUCCCUCAGUCCUCCAGUUGUACCAGCAGCUUCUCCUGCAGUGCCAAGUGGAGAACGGGCUGCUUCACCUGCAGCAGCCUCCACCAGUAAUCCUGCUCCUCCUGCUACACCCACCACCACUACCACUACCACUGCCACUGCUGCUGCCCCUGCUGCUGCCCCUGCAGCAGCUGCACCGGCCAACAGGCCGUCAGCAGGCACCAACAACCAAGAGGAGGCUGCUCGAGUCCUGGCUGAGAAACGGCGACAAGCCCGAGAGCAGCGGGAGAGAGAGGAGCAGGAGCGUCUGGAGCAGGAGCAGAAGAACAGGAUCCUGCGGGAGGAGGCGAUGGCGCGGGAGGCCGAGGAGCGUAAGCGCAGAGAGGAGGAGGCGCGCUUCAUGGCCGAGCAGCAGCGUCUGAGAGACGAGGCCCAGCGAGCGCAAGAUGAGAAAGAGGCGCAGGAGAAGGCCAAAGCUGAGCAGGAGGAGAACGAGAGGAUGCAGAAACAGAGGGAGGAGGCUGAAGCCAAAGCCCGCGAGGAGGCCGAGCGUCAGCGUGUCGAGAGGGAGAAACACUUCCAGAAAGAAGAACAGGAGCGACUGGAGAGGAAGAGGCGCCUGGAGGAGAUCAUGAAGAGGACUCGGAGGAGUGAUGCGGGAGAGAAGAAGGAAGUCAAAGCUUCACCACAGGUCAACGGCAAGGACACAGAGCUGAGUAAAGCUCCUGGAAACCUUCAGAGUCCCAGCGCAGCAGUCCUGCCCGCUCCUGUCGUGAAUGGACUCCAGUCCUCGUCUCACCAAAACGGCGUCUCGGCCAACGGCGAGGCGGCGGUCAAUCAGUUGAACAAGAGCAGUAACCCCGGUCAGCAACAGAGCGGGCUGGUGGGCGAGCCCAUUCUGGCGUUCGAGGAAGGGGAGCCCUUCCUGAUGAAGAAGGCCCCGAUGAAGCCUCAGCACGUAGCAGAGGUCCUGUGAGUUUCCACGCAGAGACAGAGACAGAGACAGAGACACGCGCCUUAUGUCUCUGCUCGAGCUAUGAGAUUUCAUGCCACACCACAGCGGCUUACAGAAACAGUGUGCCAAACAAACAAUGAACUGCGCUGAAUUCACCUCGACAGUAUCUGCAGCGGAGAACAAUGAGGAGGAGUCAAACUGCCCACGGAGAGAGAGAAAGAAAGAAAUAAAGAGCUCAUCUGAAACAAACACAGUAUAUAUAAAUAUAUAUAUAUAUAUAAAAAGCAAAAACAAGUAUUAUCUGUCUUUUACCGUGUGUUCUGGUGCAGCAUUUGUCGGGUUUUAUUAAAACAGUCACAGAUUUUAUGGUGCACCUUAAAGACGACUGACAGUGUAACACAUUUAAAAACAAUAGAAGAAAGAGAAUACAGCAUCAGACCCUGGAAAUACAUAAUAUUCGACAAUGGCUGUUAUUAUUACUGUCGUUAUGAUAUUGUUAUUGUUAUCUUACGUUGAAAAAGAUGUUUGUGCGUGUGUGUGCGUGUUUGUUGUUUUAGUCUUGAAUUACUGAGUUAUUUAACAUGGGGGAGCAUUGUAAGGACUGGCCACAGGACAGCGUAUGUACAUGUAAAUGUAUAGUGAGCCUGGCUGCCUCAGCCUCCUGUCGCAGGAGAUCUGUGAAAUAAAGCUUUAUGAAAGGGA